UAUAUCUGUUACAUUUAUUCUAUGUGUUUACAAUGAUUUUCAGCCAGUAUUAGACUCAAAUGAAUAGUUGAGAGACUAUCUUUGCUUCUAAUGUUGGUUCGUUGGUCUUGCAUUUCCUGAGUGGUUUAAUACUUUAGAUAUCUUAAAAUUAACCAUUUACUGGUGGGAGCUGCCUUUUAAGGUGGUCGACUUGAAAACCUAUAAAAAUUGCAAUGCCAUGACUUGAACAAUUAGUGUGAGCUUAUGAGUUGCUUCUAUUCUCUUGUUUGACAUUACAAGGAGAAGCUCCUUGUGAAUUUAUAGUGUCUUUUAUAUCACAAAGUGCUAACAGGUGUUUCAUUAAGAACAGCAGUGUAAUAAAGCGAAGUCGAGUCAAGUUUGUGGCUUAUGAGCUCAAGCUGAACUUUGAAGUACUCAAACAAAUGAAGUUGAGCUCGAGCUGUUUUACUUGAACAUUUGCUGCUGAAUGAGCUGGAGAAGAUUACUGAUGGCAGCUUCAGCUGAAGAAUAUGCGGCGUUUGAAGAAAGGGUGAGAAGAACAGUCUAUAUGGAUAACCUGUCACCUCAGGUGACAGAGAAUGUUCUGAAAGCCGCUUUGGAUCAAUUUGUCAAUGUCGUAAAUGUCCAAUUCAUUCCCAACUAUAUCAACCCACAGAGCCUCCCACGAGCUGCUUUGGUGGAGAUGGAAACUCUGAAUCAGGCCUCUGCGAUCAUUGCUGAGAUUGCUGAUUCCCCUUUUAUGGUUCUUGGGAUGCCAAGACCUGUCAGAGCAUGCGCUGCAGAAGUAGAAAUGUUUGACAGUCGUCCAAAGAAACCUGGCAGGAAGAUCACUUACAAGUGGCUGGACCACGAAGAUCCUGAUUUUGAGGUUGCCAGGAAGAUUAAGGUUUUGACCAGAAAGCAUGCUGCUGAAACCGAAUUCCUGCUCAAUCAGCAUCAACUCAAGGAGGAGGAAAACCUUGCAAACCAGCAGCUGGAGACCUUGAAAGCGCACUAUAAGAAAUAUGAGUUGAUAGAUGGUGUCCUAUCUGACAAUACUGCCAAGAAAUUAGCAGAUCGAUACAGGAUACCUCUUUCAGAUGCUUGAAAGAGUUCCUCUUCAAUUUGAUUUAGCAUGUGAACAUUUGUGGUAGCUGUAUAUGCUGUUUGCGCUUCGUUUUGUAUAUAAGUUUUGUCACUGGAGGUGAUUUGGCAUUCACUGCAAUCUUAAAAGAGCUUAGAUUAGUUGCAGGCUUGUGCUUAUUGUUGAAGGAUCUGCUUUUCCUUGCUAUAGUUGGUAAAUUCUUUCUUGUUA